AUGAGUAUUCGUAUUAUUGAUGAUGAUCUCGAUAUUCCUGCUACAUCAGCCGAUAACGUUGAUAGUGCAAUGUAUGACGAUCUUCUGGGUACUGAGGAAACGCCAGUUAUUGUCGGCUUAGUUGAUGAUCGUCCAUCGUCUAUUCAAGAAAUCGAAAGAUUUAAUGAUCAAAAACGUUGGCGUAAACUUAUGUCCGAGGAUACGUCAACUCAAAAAUCUUCAAACAAUAAUAGUCACAAGAGCAAGAAAAAUCGACGAAAAUCUUCAGAUAGUGAUCCAGAUCUUGAAAGACAACGACCAUCGUCUGUAGCAAUCAAAAAAGAACCGAUUGAUCUUGAUCUAAGUCCUCCAAGACAGCGAAGAUUAAAUACAGACGACGAUCCAUCUCCACCAAGACAGCGAAGAUUAAAUACAGAUGACGAUCCAUCUCCACCAAGAAAACAGCGAUCAAAUACAGAUGACGAUCCAUCUCCACCGAGACGCAGACGUCCUUUAACUAAUAGUAAAGAUCCUUCUCCACCGCGACAGAGACGCCCAUUAGCUGAUUCUUCUCUUCCAAGACAGCAUUCUUCGAACAAGAAUCGAGAUCAUUCAUCUGAAAGAAACAACAAAUCGCAUCACCAUCAUCAUCACCGAAACCACACAUAUUCCCAUGAUGAAAGAAAAUCAAGAAAUAACAAGGAUGACAAUAGAGAAAGACAAAGAAAACGAAGUAGAUCGAAUGAGCGACCUCAAUCAAAAUUGAACAAUAAAAAUGAUCAGAAGAAAACAGUUGAAGAAACAAAAGAAGUGAUAGCUGAUCGUUAUCAACAGUGGGGUCGCGGAUUAGCACAAGUGAAGGAACACGAAGAUACUGUAAAAGACUUUUUAGAGCAAUCUGAAAAACCAUUAGCAAGAUAUCGCGAUGAUAAAGAUUUAGAAAGCAUGUUAAAAGAACGAGAACGUGAAGAUGAUCCAAUGCUGAAGUUUCUUAGUAACAAAAAAGAAGGUACUCGUCCAGGUGAAAUAAAACAACGUUAUAAAGGACCAGAUCCGCAAAAGAAUCGCUUUGAUAUUUGGCCCGGUUAUCGAUGGGAUGGUGUCGAUCGUUCAAAUGGACAUGAGAAAAAAUUAUUUGAAAUGAUUGCAAGUCGACAUGCACGAUCUGAAGAAGCCUAUUUAUGGAGUGUAGAAGAUAUGUAA